AUGCCCCGAUACUAUGAGAACAAGUACCCAGAGGUGGACCAACUGGUCAUGGUCCAGGUCCUCUCCAUUGAGGACAUGGGAGCCUACGUCAAGCUGCUCGAAUACGACGGUAUCGAGGGAAUGAUCCUCCUCUCCGAGCUCUCCAGAAGACGUAUCCGAUCAGUGCAAAAGUUGAUCCGAGUCGGGCGGAAUGAGGUGGUGGUUGUGAUGCGCGUGGACCCAGAUAAGGGCUAUAUCGACCUGUCAAAACGCCGAGUCUCAGCAGAAGAAGUGGUCAAAUGCGAGGAAAAUUACGAAAAGGGAAAAGCGGUCGACUCGAUCAUUACUCAGGUCGCCAAGAAGAGGGAUGUUGAUGCGGAUGAUCUGUAUGAAAAGAUCGCGUGGCCGCUGCAUAAGCAGUAUGGACAUACGUACGAGGCGUUCAAGUUGAGCAUAACCGAACCCGACGCGGUCUUCGCCCCCCUCUCACUCCCCGCCGACACCCUCUCCGACCUCCGCUCCGUCAUCGCCCGCCGCCUCACCCCCAAGCCCGUCAAGGUCCGCGCCGACGUCGAAGUCAAGUGCUUUGCUUACCAAGGCAUCGAGGCGAUCCGCACCGCCCUCCGCGCGGGCGAGGCGGUCGGCACGGACGAGGUGCCCAUCAAGAUUAGGCUGGUCGCGCCCCCGCUGUAUGUGAUUAGCACGACGAGCACGGAUAAGAAUGCGGCGAUGGAGACGAUGGAGAAGGCGGUCGAGGCGAUUGGGGAGAGUAUUAAGGAGGAGGGAGGGGAUAUGGUCAUCAAGAUGAAUCCUAAAAUCGUAUCCGACACGGACGACGCCGAACUCAAGGAGCUCAUGGAGCGGUUCGAAAAGCAAAACAUGGACGUUGCGGGCGAUGACGACUCGGACGAGGACGAGGAAUAG